UUGGCAGCCAUUCUGGCUCCUGAUUUUUCGGAGCGCUUCGCAGUACCGCCCGGUCAACUUCUGAGUGCACGGGGAGGCCUGUCCAGCAGCUGCGUGCAGGGGAGAUGCCUACGAUGGAGGAGUACGUCCAGGCGCACGGUGGCCUUCGUUGCGUCAAGAGGAUCCUCAUAGCAAACAACGGGAUGGCUGCGACAAAGGCCAUCAUGUCGAUGCGCCAGUGGGCGUUCCUGGAGCUGGGCGACGCGAGCGUGCUGCACUUUGUCGCGAUGGCAAGCCAGAACGACCUGGACGCCAACAUGGAGUUCAUCCGCUUGGCCGACUCGUUCGUCGAGGUGCCCGCAGGCAAAAACACGUUCAACUACGCGAACGUCGACCUGAUUGUCGAGAUCGCGACCUCGCAGAAAGUGGACGCAGUGUGGCCCGGUUGGGGACACGCGAGCGAGAAUCCAGCGCUUCCCCGAGCUCUGGCAGAGGCGGGGAUCGCGUUCUUUGGCCCAACUGCACCAGUGAUGCACGCGCUUGGCGACAAGAUUGCGUCCACCAUCCUUGCCCAGUCUUCCGGGGUGCCCUGCAUCCCGUGGAACGGAGAAGGAAUCACGGCGGAGAUCCAAAGUGACGGCAGCAUCCCCGAGGAGCCAUUCAAGAAAGCUUGCCUGCAGAGUCUCGAGGAGGCCCAGAUGCACGUGAAGCGUAUCGGCUAUCCUGUUGUGCUGAAGGCGUCGGAGGGCGGCGGUGGAAAGGGCAUCCGAAAGUGCAAGAACGACGAAGAGCUGAAGCUCGGCUGGGAGCAGGUCAAUGCCGAGGUGCCCGGCUCGCCCGUCUUCAUGAUGCAGUUGUGCACUGGCGCGAGGCACCUGGAGGUCCAGCUCGUCGGCGACGAGCAUGGGCAGGUCGUCGCGCUCAUCGGGCGCGACUGCUCCACCCAGCGCCGCUUCCAGAAGAUCUUCGAGGAGGGCCCCCCGACCGUUGCCCCGAAGGACGACUUCCGUGAGGUGGCGGAGAAGGCCGCCCAGCGCCUGGCCAUGUCCGUGGGCUACCGCGGCGCCGGCACGGUCGAGUACCUGUACAAGCCGGAGAACAACGGCUUUUAUUUCCUGGAGCUGAACCCGCGCCUGCAGGUGGAGCACCCGGUCACCGAGGGUAUCACGGGCGUCAAUGUGCCGGCGCUGCAGCUGCAGGUCGGCAUGGGCAUCCCGCUGCACCGUUGCCCGGACAUACGUCGCUUCUAUGGCCUGGACCCCGCGGGCAGCACGAAGAUAGACUUCUUGGAGGACAAGUACCAGUACCCAGAUUGCCAUGUCAUGGCCGCCCGAGUCACCGCCGAGAACCCCGACGAUGCAUUCCGGCCGACGUCAGGGAAGAUCGAGCGGGUGAGAUUCCAGUCUGCGCCCAGCACGUGGGGCUAUUUCUCGGUUGGCGCAAACGGUGGCAUCCACGAGUUCGCAGAUUCACAGUUCGGCCAUAUCUUCGCUAAGGGACCCACUCGUGAGGACGCACGCAAGGCGCUGCAGAUCGCGCUGAAGGGCGUGGCUGUGAAGGGCGAGAUCCGCACCGCCACCGAGUACCUGGUAGAGCUGGCAGAGACGAAGGAGUUCCGCGAAAACACCAUCGACACAGCGUGGCUGGACAAGCUGCUCGAGGAUAAGUCGGUGAAGACGAAUUUCCAUCUCUUGGACACUAUCUUCUAUGCUGCCUGUUUCAGGGCGUACAUGCACGUGAAGGCGAACAAGGAGAAGGCGCUGGACGCGCUCAAGCGCGGGCACCUGCCGAUGAAGACCGAUCUCGGGCUCCUGCAGAACUUCGUGGUCGAGGCGGCCUACGACAACAUCAAGUACCCCUGGCAGGUUCGGAGAGCGGAGGGAGGGAGGAGAAGGGAAAGGGAUGGGGGCAGGGCGGGAGCAGGGGCCGGUGGGGGGAGGGGGGGCAUCGAGGGAGCUCAGGCGUUGCGCAAGGGGGGGGGGGGGGGCGAGAGAGGGGGGGGGCUGAAAGGUGAAUGA